GCAUUGCAGAGCACCGCUAGGAUAGAGCGUCAUUCUUUGUUUAGUAGCCAUGGCUCUGGGGCACCAAAGGCGGGCCAGCUUCCUGGCACUUGCUGCACUUGCUGCAGUCUUUUCUUUGCUGCCUAGGUACAUACCAGAUAUUGCGUGGGUCACCACAGUGCCUUUCCAGCUUUUGCUGUCAGCCAGACCUUAUGCAAGCCCACGAAGAACGGAGACUGGUAUGAGGUCAGCACCAAGCGAUCUGGAUCCUGCAGUCGCAGAGAAGCUCAAAGCCGCACAGGAGAGGAUCUCUCAAGCCAAGCAAGCCAUGGCGGUGCUCAGGAACGAGCUUUGUGGUCGCAACUUCUUCUCCCCAGAGAUCGAUCGCUCCCUGCUGAUAGAGGUCCUCCGCCUUUUCGCGCCAGAGAGUGCGAAACCUAUGCGGGAGCCCAUACUUCAGAAGGAGCUGAUCAACAUGAUUCCGGACAUGCGACAGGAUACUGAAGCACUGGCUGCCUUGAUAAAUGCUAUGGCAACAGUGAGGCUUGCUUAUGAACCUGCUUGGCAGCUACUGGCAGACGUUGUUGUUGAGGAGUGCAGCUCAGCAUCAGGCAGACAGCUGGUGGCCUUUGCUUGGGCCUUUGCCACAGCUGGGGAACCACGGCAAGAUCUUUGGACAGCUUUGAAGUCCAUGAUGGCCGGAAAGCGGAAGGAGCUCUCUGCUGAAGAGCGCGUGACCUUCGCAUGGUCGUGCGCAGAGGUUGGUCAGCACGCGACAGAGCUCUUCGGCGAGGCAAGUGAGGUUGCUGCAGAGAAAGAAUCAAGGGCCAUGUUGGAGGCCAUUCGCAAUUUGGAUGGCAAGCAUCUGCUCAAGAACCCACCAGUUGUCCUGGUUCCUGAUGUGGUCACGCCAGAACAGAGCCAGGAACUCAUUCGCUUGGCCGAUGAAUCCAAGCUUUGGUGGCAGUCUAGCCGCCGUGGGGCUCGCACCGCUGCUGGUGAGGAUGCGCUACGGACUUCAUCUUCUGCGGUUCUAAGCGCUCCUCGCAUGUUCCAGGAACCUCCUGUGAAGGCGAUUCGAUCAUGGGCCUCUCAGGUGCUGAAAGUACCUGAAGAUACAGUGGAGGCACUUCAGCUCGUGCGCUACCAGAAAGGCGAACAAUACAGUACUCAUGUGGAUUGGGGGCGGAAGCAAGAUGCUAGCCUGUGGUUGGGUGGGCAACGCACCGCUACGGCCUUGAUCUACUUGAAUACGCUGCCUAAAGAUUGUGGUGGUGAGACUUCUUUCGAAAGGCUGGGAAUCCAGGUCUCACCACAAGCAGGGGCAGCACUUGUGUGGCCCAAUGUCGAUAGCUCUGGACGUCCUCAAGACCUUGUGGAACACCGAGCCAUGUGCUUUGUUUGCAGAAUGGUGGUCUUGUUGUCGUUGACCAACCUGCCGAUGGACUUUCCUGCAGGCCGGUGCUUUGUGAGACCCAAAAGUAUGCUGUCAAUGUUUGGAUCCGGGAAAAGCCCCUUCCUGCUUAUCGAGGGGAUUAGACUGAAUUCAUGACCAGUGUGUCUGGUCAGGUUCAGUGAUUGAUUGCACACUGUACAGCUGUAGGUAUUAGCUGCUCGCAUUAUGUUGCCCUCAAAACUGGCCUUCACACCUGA